GAAGAAAGAAGAAGAAAGUGGAGGGGAUCCACUCCGAUCACGUGUCCAGGCAGCAAGGCCCCAAGAAGUGAUGCCUCAGGCGGUCAGGCUGGUGGGGUCAAGUCCGUCACGAUCCCAGCAUCGCUGGGUAAAAUCCUCGGAUUCCACUUGAUCGCACCCCACUUGGCAGCUGGACCGUCAACGUUUCUUUGUUUGUUAGCUAGAUUGUUGCAAUUUGAACCAAAAAUAUGGCCGAUGCAGAGCUUGAGGAGAUAAGACGCGCCCGUCUUGCGCAGCUGCAGCAACAACAGGGCGGGCCCCGGGGCGGCGGCGGAGUUCCACGCGGGGGAGGUGGCGCUGAGGGUCAGGACGAGCAGAGAAAGCAAGCCGAAGCUGAACGUCGCUCCGCCAUCUUGAAUCAAAUCCUCGAACCCGAAGCCGCGGAUCGCCUGGGCCGGAUCCGACUCGUCAAGGAGUCGCGCGCGAUGGAUAUCGAGAACCGACUCAUCACGCUGGCGCAAACGGGUCAGCUUCGACAGAAGGUCUCCGAGGACCAGCUCAAACAGCUGCUCAACGCCGUGGCGGAGAACCAGCGCAAGGACGAAGAGGAGCACAAGAUUGUGAUCAACCGACGGAAGGGCGGCUGGGACGACGAUGAUGACUUGUUGGAUCUGUGAACGUCGUGGCAGGUUGGAUCAUAAUGAAUGAAUGAUGUGAUUUUAAUUGGUUGUUUGAUGAUGCACCGUCACUGGAUCUGUACUGUGUGCGUCUUGUACAUCGCAUGAUGUGUGACAGCGAGCUGUUGAAUACCGAGCUUUAUAUCUGCGCGUAUUGACCAAUCUACGU